AGGAGAUCAAUCCCCCAGAGAUCUCGGACUUCGUCUACAUCACAGACAACGCGUACACCAAGGAGGACAUCCUGCAGAUGGAGGUGGUCAUCUUGACCGACCUGAAGUUUGACAUCUGCGUUCCCACGGCGGCGCAUUUUAUGGAGCGCUACCAGCGCCUCAACCAGUGCCCCAAAGAUUCGGUGCAUUGCCAUCUGAUGCACUACCUCCUGGAGCUCAGCCUGAUGGACAUUCAGAUGAUCAGGUACGAGCCCUCCCACUUGGUGGCGGCAGCCACCCUGCUGAGCAACAAGCUCAUGAAGCAACCCUCGUGG